UUUCCCUUCUUCUCCACUCUCUCGCUUGGAAUCGAUGGAGGGGACUGAAAACCCUAGAACAAGAACAAGCCGGUUCCCCGAUCCUGCUUCGACGCCGCCGCUGCUGCCGAUGGAGAAGCCGCGCACCGACUCCUCGGAUCAUCCUCUGCGAUUGCUGAGCCCUUUGACCCCAUUCUCUCCUGUUUCCGAUCAGAGAUCGGUUUUGUUGUUUGAUUGGUGGCUCAUCAAAGUUGAAAAUGGGAGUGAUGCGAAGGGAUUGGCUGUUGGUGGCCUCACAACGCGCGGGCAAUUUGCAACAAGAAUUUUCACUUCUGCACCCAUAGUAAAGAGAUAUGAUGCCUACACUCUGGAGACUGCAGAUGGAAUCACAGUCAGGAUACAAGGUGUAAUAAACAGAGCUCGGAUGCAUCAUAGUGGGUUUCCUUCUGAGGUUUGCAGACGUUUCUUAACUGGAUUUCCUUACAACUGGUAUGUUCAUGCUGAUGAUUUUUUUGUGAAAAAGCCCACUGCUGAAAGUAUUCCAAGAAGCAUAUCUGGUGCUCAAGGGCUAGAAAAUGAUCGAAACAGAAAUCCAGAUGGCGCAUUUCCGAUUGAAAUAAAAGAAUUCCCCUUGAAAAGAGUGCUGGAUAUUUUAAAUUUUUGUGGUAGUCCUGCUGAUGAUGUGAUGGCAAGUAAUAUGACUAAUUGCCUAAAAUCUUUCGAUGCCUCUCAUACUUCAAUGGAUCCUACAACUCAGAAGUCUCCAGAUAUGAAAAAUUGCAGUUCACCUGUCAUGAUAACAUGUUCAGAAAAUGUGAUCCUGAGCAAAUUUGAAAGAGAAAUGAGAAACCAUCAACAGGCAGAAAGUGAGGUAAAUACUGGUGACAGUGUUGUUCAACGUAGCGUGGCUACUCAUGUUGAAGAAGUUGGGCAUCAGAUAGAUACUUUGGUUUUUGAUUCACUCCUAGCAAAUGGUUUUGAUCUCAGGAAUAUUAAAUCAAGUCACAAUUCCUCUGCAAAGCCCUCUAUGCAUGAUAGCCUGCCAGAGACUGGUUCCAGUUUGCAAAGGAAGAUUUUGUUGGGAGAAACAAAAGAAAUGGAGCCAGAUAAUCAUCAAUCUCCUAAAAUUCAAGGAAAACGGAACAUCUCCCAAAUAGAGAAUGUUACUGAUAGGAACUGUAACGAUAGGAGUGCUGCAAAUAUGGUAGGGGUGACUGUGGAAAUUGGAAUUGCAUCAGAAGGGUUAGAUGUUUCACAUCUCAAAGAUGAGAAAGAGCUCAAGAAUAUUUUAUUAGAAAAUGGGCGUGGUGCCAAAGAAACGAUGGUCUGCAGCAGAAAUAAUUCUCAAUCCGGGAAAGUGUUCGACCCAAAGGAUGCUGAUUUAGUGGAUGUGAAACUUUCUGUGGCCAUUGAAACAUCUCCCAAUGCUGAUGUCUCAAAUUCACUUGAAAAACCAAAUGUCUCCAGUAAGAAACAAAAAUGUGUAAGUAAAGGAUCACGAAAGAGGCUUUCCUUAGAAAAAGAGAAAGUGCCUUCCAUUUUGCGUUCUGAUUAUGCACACAUUAAUCAUGCUGACGAAGAACCAAGGAAAUCGGACAUUUUGAAGGCACCUAAUAUUACAUCUGGAAUUUUAAAUCACACUUCACUGGAAGAAAUUAAUGAUGCCUGUCUAGGGGUCUUAGAGAAAAUUAAUAAUUGUUUUGUUAAUCCUGUGAUGAAUCGUACUGCAGAAUUUAGCUUGGUUACUGAUGCAGAAAGAGUGAAAACAUCAGAAGCAGGGUUUUGCUCAAGAUUAUCCAGGAAAAAACCCAAUGUACAGGCCAACUUUCAAAAGGAACAUAAAUGUGAACUUGCUGAUGGUAAAUUUGAUACACACUCUCCUAUGAGGCCUCCAAAAUCUGUAACUAAUGGGUUGGAUCACUCUGAAGAGAACUCAAGAUGCAAUUCUUUGAGUUUGACUGAAGAACAGCCAUCAACCAAAAAUGGCAAUGGGCUUAUAAAUUUUGGCACUGAAUCUGCUACAUGUGAGUCACAAUUAGCCACCCCUAAGGGCCAGACUAAAAGAUGUGUUGACAGGAGAACUAAACUAGUGGAAGAAAUUGAAACUAAUUCUGAAACCAGAAUUUUGAGAAAGAAGAAAUUAAAUAUAAAACAGAAGGAUAAUGAAAUGGAAAAAUCAGUAUUGGAGGAGGAUGUUAGGAAGAAUACAGUUAGGUCGGUUCCUGUUGAUCAAAAUGUGGCUUCUGUAGCAAAGGACACAGUGGUUAAAGAGAGGGGGAGACAUGUUGGAGAGAUGGCUCAAAACAAGGUUCGAAAAAGAACUGGUAGAAUUAGAAAAAAGGAACAAGAUAUUCAACAUGAAUGUGGAGGUCUUCGUUCAGGCCCUUCUGCUCCAUGUGAGGUCCAGCUUGGUACUGGGCGUAUUAAUGAUCAUAUUAGAAUAGACAAUAGUGAUGGAGGCAAAUCAUUUCAAUUCUCUGUUGGAUGUGAUACUAAACCUGCAAGUCAAUCAGGCGAUGCAAUGGAGUUGCAUACCACCGUGAAUAACACAAUAGUCAGAUCUAAGAAGCCCCACAGGAAAAGAAAUCAUCAAAUUGGGCGAACUUAUGCUACGCGUGAUCUGGCAAACAGAUUGUCUUUGGCCUUACCAGAAAAUCUUAAUUUAAGAAGAUCCAGAUCAGGUCGAUUGCUUGUUCCUGCUCUAGCAAACUGGUGCCAACAUUUAAUUUAUGAUGUGGAUGGUACAAUUACUGGAAUAGUUGGUGUGGAUGCUCAGAAUUUACUCUCCAGUGGAGGCAUUUCGGAACAAAACAAGAAGAGGAAAAAAAUCCGUUGAACUGGCUGGCUGGAUCGUUUUUAUUAUAUCAUGGUCACUGAUGAUAGUACUUAUGGUUACCUGAAAUUUGGUGCUCAUGUAAUUAGUAUGCAAUGAAAACAAUCGGAAUGUUCUAAAGCUACAUAGAUUAACUCUAGUUUGCAUCUCUGCUGUUCUGAUGUCAAAACAUGAAAACAUGUUAAAUGGUUUUCUGUGUGUGUAUUUAUAUGGUUAUGGUUAUGCUAGUGGUUCAAUACUA